AUGGCUGCCAAGGGAGGGAAGACCAUGCCGGCAGGUCACACAGCAGGCAUAUUUGCAGACAUGACCUUGGACGGCCCCGAAAUUGGUACAUUGGUUGCGGUCAUUGACCGAGCCAAGAACCUGCCAAAUCGGAGAACUAUGGGGAAGCAAGAUCCAUACUGUGCAAUGAGACUAGGUAAAGAAGCCAAAAAGACUGGUACAGACAAAAGGGGUGGGCAAACACCUAAAUGGGACCAAGAACUACGAUUCACGGUUCAUGAUUCUCCCGACUACUAUAAGCUCAAGUGCUCCGUAUUCAACGAUGACAAGAAGACGGACCUGAUAGGAGAAGCUUGGAUCGACCUGACGACAGUGGUGGUCCCCGGCGGAGGCCAGAAUGAUUUGUGGCAUCAGUUGCAGUUCAAAGGGAAAUAUGCCGGAGAUGUCCGAAUGGAAUUGACCUACUACGACACACGCCCCAAGGAUCCAGUGCGCACAGAAAAGAGACGAGACAAGGAGCAGACAGAGCACACCAAGCAGAAUUCAAGCAGCAGUGGUGUUGCUCCACGUAGGCUAGGACCACGAGAAGUAAAGAGAAGGCCACUACCAGCAGACCCUUCGAUGUCUGCAUCUCCAAGCAGGCCAUCUCCACAGGGGCAGGUCCAUUCUGCUCCGCUACCACAACUUCAUCAACAUGAUACUCGGAACCACUCACAUCAGGACCACGACGACCAAUGGGGCUCAGACUCCCAGUGUCCCGUCCCGACGAGCACUGAAAACUCCUCAUUUCCUGACCCACUGUCAGAAAAACGAUCUGAUUCUGACCCUCCAGUUAUUAAUGAUGGGUACCGGCAGCCUCAGGCAGCGCCGAAUUCCAAUUUUCCUGCGCAACAACCUGUGCAAUAUGGAGAUCUCGCGCGUCACGGCGAAUUCCGAGACUCGGAUAGCUUUAGCUUCCAUUCCGCUCAAUCACCUCUACCAGUCACUCCAACACAUCCAUCAUCCCACGGGUCUUAUGUUGUUGAACGUUACCAUAGCGCGCAGUCGCCCGAUACACCACCCGAUAGGAGCUCACCUUAUUCAUUGCCACCCCAGUAUGGAUCAUCGCCUCUUCCAUUCACUCACGACAAAUCCGCCCCUGGAUUGGGUAACCAUCAAAGCCAGAUAUCCUUUCGCAGAUUUAGCACAUCUCCUGUCAAGAACGACGUUUUCCGCGAUAGCCCUCUACGACAAUCGAUCUCCCAACAUGACGUUGAACCUGCUCUACAGCCGCGGUACCACUCGUCUGAAGAUGAAGGACCUCCACCGCCUCCGCCCGCACACCGGAGCAACCUACAGACCUCGGCCUCGCCGCCUGAUGUGCCUCUAAAUAUGCAACCGGUAGCAAUGCCCCAACCCUUGAGUCUGGGAUCAAACAGCCGUCGCAUGUCCCCCUUCGAUCGCAGUCCACUCCAAAGCAUUGAGCGAAAUUAUGACCCGUUGUGUCAUAGCUCUGAGCCCUCCCCUCCACCUUCCGCGGAGAAGGAUCAGCUAUACUCUCCCUACACGAAACCAAUAUACUCCUCACCACCCUAUCGAACCGGGGCUAGUGCACAGGGAGGACCCACAAAUGGCAUCGAGAACACACCAGCUAGCUUAAGGCCAGGUUAUGGGCGGGGUAUGGAAGAGACCGCAGAUUCAUGGAUGCAGAACACCCAUGAUGUCAAAAUACAGUCUAUGACGUAUGUAGAGUCUCCAAGGGACGGGGAGAGGGACGGGGAGAUGGACGUCGUUGGCAGCCUGUACAAGCCGUAUCAGCCGCCUCAGGUUGAAGAUGAAGGGGAGGCCUUUGCGUCCGAACCCCCAUUUAUCCAACCUCGAGCGGUAAGCCCCGAUCUACGCACUGUCCCCAGAAGAAAAGCAAUCAGCCUCCAGCCUGUAGAAAGGCCGGGUGACCAGAGGCUGGGUAGCAUUCCAUUUGGACCUGAUUCAUAUGAAGUUUUCAAUCCAUCAUCUCCGCAGAGCUCAACUGUUGCUGGUCCAGAAAGUCGAUAUGAGACUCCGGAACAGGCCAAGGAAGCUGCUCGGCAGCAUGAAGUGCAAAAGCUUCGAGAUCAAGGCCCAAUUAUCGGUAACGAUGGACGAGAAAUCGACCCUACAGAUCAUCUUCCGACAGACACCUGGGCCCCAGAGCCAGAAAGGAAAAGCAGAAAGCCAGAAAUGGUGAUUCGAUACAAGACAAAGGAGACCACUCCACGCAGACCACCGGCUUAUGGAUCUUCUCCCGGAUUAGCAAGACCUCACUCGAUUGCAGGUUCGGCGUAUGGAAGCUCUCCCUUAGUAUUAAAAACCCCACCCGGCUCAGCGCAGCAGAAUGAUGGCCGCAAUCGCUUGCAAAAGCAGAUGCCUGGGCGUCCUCUGCCGGUGCAGCCAUAUCAACAAACUCAUUCGAGUCCUGCUGUUCCAAGUGCCAAUUAUAACACGCCUUCGCCGCGAACGAAUCACCCAACUCGCCCAGAUCUGACGGAAUAUUCUCUGUACGACCAGCAAAAUCAGAGGCAUAGCCGUGGAGGAAGUCUAGGGGGCCCUUAUGAUGCAGGCCCUCCCAUCCCUGCGAAGGUACCCAUAUCUACUGUUGGCUUGAACGAUAGACAUGCAGCAUAUGGAGGCAUGGAUGCCCUGAGCGCUGAACUGAGCACUAUUGACAUCGGCGCUGGUAUGGGUGGCAGAGGCACCAGAAGCAGGCGAGGGUAUUGA